ACACAUUCUCUUAUCAAAAUCCAUGGCUUACUCUAAAAUUCUCUUUUUCUCAAUCCUUAUUCGAUUCCUCUGUUUUGCAACUAUCAAGGCAGAGGACUCUACUUUUCUGUAUUCCUUUUGUUCCUCCAAUCUUACCACAACCAAUAGCACCUACCAAAUCAAUACCAGGACACUCCUCUCUUCAUUGUCAUCAGAAGCCACCGUCAACACCGAAUUCUACAACACCACAGUCACCGGUGUAAAUCGAACUGAUUCUGUCUAUGGAUUGUUCAUGUGCAGGGGUGACGUCUCCUCUCAAAUCUGUGUUGAAUGCAUAGUUCAUGCAACUAAAAAACUGUCCUUAGAUUGCCCUUUAUCCAAACAAGCAGUCAUUUAUUACGACGAGUGUAAUGUUCGUUACUCCUACAACUAUUUCUUUUCCACUGUUGAUACAAGUCCUAUGUAUAGAGAUAUAAAUAUCACCUAUACAGACCAAAACUUGUACAUUAUGACAUUAUUGAAUCAGUUUUCCAAACUUGCAUAUGAAACGGGGUACAGUGUUGAAAGAUAUAUGACUAAUUCAUUAAAACUGUAUGAUGAACAAAACUUGUAUAGUCUUGGACAAUGUACGCGAGAUUUGUCUAGUGAGGAUUGCACUUCUUGUCUAAAGGAUGUGAUCAAUAGAGCAAUUCCAUGGUCAAAAUUGAGUAAUGUUAGGGGAAGAAUUAUAUAUCCUAGCUGCAAUCUGAGGUUUGAAUUGUUCCAAUUUUACAUGGAGGGUGACGAAGCUCUGCCGCCUGGGAGUCCUUCCCCAUUACCAGAAAAUGCAGGUAAGGUUUGUAUUGAUUAUUACUAG